AUGGCAGCUUUAAAAGACAUUAAUGUUGACGAUGAUGUUGUUGGGGACGAUGAUGAUGACGAUCCCGUGUCCGAGGCCUGUAAGCAUGACGAGGUCUUGCAGCUGAAUACCAACAAUUUUAAUCUGUUGACCCAGACUGGAAAAUUUUUCAUCAUGAUCUUUAAGCCCCCACUCAGCUACAUGGCCGAUCAGGCAAAGCUGAAAUGGGUCAAACUGGCCCGGGAACUGAACCCCAAGGGCACCAUUUGCAUUUCGGACUUGGAUUGUAGUAAAUCGAUAGAAAUCUGCCACCAUCUGCAAAUCAGACCAAGUCCGACUUUCCUGUGGUACGAGAACGGCCGCAAAGUUCGCGCCUACGAUGCCGAACCCGAUCCCGAGUUGGAGCAUUUCAAAAGCUUUGUCGAGAAAGUGAUAGCCUCGAAUGAAAUAUCGGUUGAAUCAUCGGCAUCAGGAGUAGAGGACACCGAUCACCGAACCAUCGACUGGAGCACCGACGAUUUCGAAACAUAUCUGAAGGAGAAGAAUGUCAUAGUCGAGUUCUAUGCAACGCUCUGCGAGAGCUGCAAUAGUUUAUAUAGCAUAUUGUGGAAGCUGAUGGGGAUCCAGAAUACGGCCAGCACGAGCCUGGCCAUUGGCGCCAUAAACUGCUCCAAAUAUGAGUCAUUUUGCAUCAGUAACAAUGUCACAAUGUAUCCGACUCUCCUGUACUUUGAAAAGGACGACGGAGUCGCAAAAAAAUCGUACAAUCUGAGUAGCUUUAUGUCCGAAAAAACCACCGAAAAAUCAGUCGUGAUAAAGGAAGAUGCCCCCCAGAAUUGUGCUCCUGGGCAAGUCUUUACAUUGACCGACAAAAGUUUCGAUUCAAGCAUCAAAAGUAUGAAAUCCUUUGUGAAGUUCUUUCAACCCAGCUGCCCAUUCUGUACCGCCAUGAAACAGGUGUGGAUUGAUCUGGCCAGCGAGCUGAGAAAUGUGACGGCUGUUUGCAUUGCGGAGCUCGAUUGUACGGAUUUCAAAGCCAUAUGCAAGAGGUAUCACAUUACCGCCGUACCAAAGUUGGUAUGGAUUGACAGUAACGCCUUUCGUGUCUAUAACGGCGGUGGAAAGCCCCUGUUCAUUGAACAGCAAUCUCCACUGUAUGAAGACAAGCGCAAAAGCUAA